ACAUCGAAUUAAUUAUACUUUAAAAUAAUUAACUUAAAUCUGUAAAAUUAUAUUCAUGUCAAAUGUUUAAUAUCGACCAAAAUAUUAUUAACGAAUAAUUGUCCUAACGUCGAAAAGGGAAUUCGUGUGCGUAAUAGUAUCAAGGGGUACUACUAUAAUAGUGAGCUCUACUAGACAACAGCAAUCGUCCGCGGCAGCAAUGACAGGUGGCCGUGACGGUGGCGGUCGUCGUAUCGUAACUACACAUUAACGAUAAUACCGGUUUAGCCAUCACUUUCUACCGUCGAGUCAUCCUGGUCGGAUGGUGUAGUCUGCACACACACGGUGAGCGCGCACCGACGUGAACGUUGCGCAGUCGUUCGCUCGCCUCGCGCCGCGUAGCCCACGAAGUCGACGGACGUCCGGUUCGAUAGGAAUUUUCUUGCAAUAUUUUGAUUUAAGAAUUUUUUACGACCCACCCGUAGUGAUCGCCGAGCCGCAAUCGAACGAACGACGACGACCAGGUCGCGGUAUUUUUGUACCUUCGUGUCAUCGCCGUAUACACCGAAAUACCUACUUUACAAUGUCGUCCUCGACGAAAACUGACGAUGCCGUGGCGAAGGAGAAGUUCAAGACCAUCAUUGAAGAUGGGAGCAACGUGCCGGUCGACACCACACGGCCAAAAGACGUUCCGGAAUGGUUCGACGCGGAAUUGUUCGCCAGAGGACAAAAGUAUUUUUAUUCCAAUUUCUAUGCAAUGUUCGCUUCAAAUUUGAUUGGAUUAAUAUUGGUAUUAACAGUUCCAACAAUAUUAGAUGUAUUAGUGUUCACAAAUAAAUCUUCUGAUCCUUAUACCGCUUUUAAGAGGUAUCUUGAUACCAUCAGGCAUAUGCUGAGGUGGUAUAGAUACGACGUGACAAAUGCUAAGUCAAAAUCUCAAAUAUCUGUGGCCAUUGUACACGGACUUCAUUGUGCUGCGAAUCGAGUAUCGAAUAAGUCAGGACUCGGACUACGAGUAACUCAAAAAGAUAUGGCUUUAACUCAAUUUGGAUUCAUGGGCUUACUAUUGUUGAAAAAAAAAGAAUUGGCUAUUGUAGGCACCGAAGAAGAUGAAAGGGCCAUUCUACAUUUUUGGCGAACUAUUGGAUACAUGUUGGGAAUUCAAGACAAGUACAACCUGUGUUGUGGCUCGCUCGAGGAGGUGCGCGGCACGUGCGCGUUGAUCCUGCGGGACGUGUACGCGCCAGGGCUGCUGAACCCGCCGCCGAGGUUUGAACACAUGGUGGAGGCGCUGCUGGACGGCAUGAAGCCCAUCUCGCCCGUGCUGGACACUGAAGCGUUCAUGGCGUUCACUCACGAGCUGUGCGGCGUACCGGUGCGCCGGCCGCUGGUCACCCGGUACAGCCGGUGGAUGUACAACGUGCAGGUGUACACUCACGCCGUGCUGCUGACCCGCGCUUGGCUGGCCGCCGUGUUCCGGCCGCUGUUGAACUACAACAUGAGGUUCUCCGUGUGGCUGAACGUCAAGUUCCCGGUCGGCGCGGCGCUCAAGUUUGGCAUCAAAGUGUUCCACCGAGUUCGGGACGAAGUGCCGCCGCACUCGUUAACCGCCAACCACCUGAAGCAGCCGGCCACCAAAGGACGCGCCGCGAUGAUGCAGUCGGCGUCUUAGGUCGCGCUGGGGCCAAUGCUGCUCUCUGGCUAUAUACUGGAUGGCUAUACAUAUCACGACAAUAAUGAUAAUAUUAUAUUUUUAUAUUAAAAACCGUUUGAUUUUAGUGCACAACCACUUGUCGACCAUAAUGUAAAAAUUAGAUACUCUUUGUUACAAAAUUAAAAAAAAAAGUUUUAAUAGGUUUUGGAUUUCCAACCAUUGCCGUUGCCUGUACAUUUUUUAAAAAUAACAAUAGGUACCUACGCGAUUUUCAUAAACAAAAUAAUAAACCUAUAACAUUUAUUUUUUAUGAAUAAUUAUUAUGGAAAUCAUUUUAAAUUAAAAUAACGCAUUUCAACUACUUUAAUGCACUUUUAUUUUAAUGAAAUAAUGCUUCGAUUAUACAGUUUUCUGUUUUACUACUAUGGGUACAUGAAACAAUUUAUUUUAUAUAAAUUUUAUAUUGAGAACGAUAUACUAUAAUAAUACAUAUCAUUAAAAGGUUACUAGUAUUAUCAACUAGGUACUUACUUCUUAUGGACAGAGUACCGAUUACCAACAAAUCGUUUUUACAAUUUGACACUGUUUCAGAUCUCUGUAGCUUGUUUUCCUUAUUCCAUAGCCGUCACUGUACACCCAUAUUAAUAAAUUAAAAAUAUUUGCCCAUACCUAUAUUAUUAGAGUUGUAAAUUAUUAUGAUGUACUUAUUAAGGCGUAAAAAAUACUAAUAAAUAAUAAUUUACAGGUAUGAGACGGCGCCUUUUUAUAUUCGUUUUUUCUGUAAUUUAUUAGGUACUUUUAUACUAGAAGGGUUUCAGAAACGUAUAUGGGUAAAGCUCAAAAAUAGAUACAAUUAUUAAACAAAGUAGUCCGAUUCAUAGUGAUGAACUGAUCAAUGGUGCUUAUAGUUAUUAAUUGUUAUAUACAUGGCAAUUGGUUAGAUAACCAAAAUAAUCAAUAAUUUAGUUAUUAGAUGAUAAUAUUAACCAAAACUUACUCUAUAAAAUCAAUUAUCAAUAGUAGGUUAAAUAUUAUUAUAUUAUCAUAUAGGUAAGUUUCAUAUACCUACUUAGUACUUGACUUGAAAUUAUUAUUAUAAGAACAUGUAAAUAUAGGUACUUCACUGAUUUUAGCUUAAAGUAGUUAUAAAAACCUAUAAAUAACGAGUUAAGUUUGAGUAAUGUUAAAGGUUUAUACAUAGCUGUAUAAGACAAAGAAAUAUGUUUAUGGGUUUUAUUCACUAGUGUUAAAUAUAAUAUUAUAUAUUUUAUGUUAUUAUCACGAUCAAAAAUCGUUUAAUUAUAUUUUAUAUCAAAGACGUUUAAUAUGUUUUAAUGGCAACGUACUCUGUAUUAAUUUUUUUAAAUACUAAUUUUCUUAUUGAAAUGUAUUUAUUAUAUCGUUCAAGCGUUUUAUUUGUAAGAUAAUGUUUUAAUCAUACGAAAUUGUUACAGAGUAAUAUCUAAAUCGAUUGAUUGUAAAAAAUUGUCAAUAAUUGUUUUAUUAUAAUAUAUUAUGUAUUGUUAUGUUUGGA